AUGCCUUCAACUGGGAAAGGUACAGCAGGGCAACGAAAGCCCGCGCUGCAGAAAACCAGAAGCAGCGAUGACUCCAAUUAUCCUGGGCUCAAGCAGCUCAGCAGCCCGGAUCCCAGCAAGACACAGUACACUCAAGUCCAAGAGGAUGAGAUUCUCGUGUUGCAGGCCAUUUACGGAGAAGACUUCAUUGAGCAUAAAGCUGCAAACACCGCCUGGCAGCGCUCAGAACCAGCCUUUGACGUGCGCAUCAAGGCCUUAUCGGACGAGGAACUCACAGUCACCCUGGGUGUAGUACUCACCGCAAGUUAUCCGAAAUCAGUUCCCUUGCUCAGUCUGAAAGAUGACGGCAGCUUGGGCCAGUCCACCCUCUUCAAAGUUCAGGCUUUUAUCGAGUCAAAGCCCAAAGAGCUGGCUGCAUCUGGUCAAAAUGAGCCCAUGAUACAUGAUAUAGCAUCGGGCAUACAGGACAUUUUGGAACUUGCUGCAGAAGCCAAAGCUCAAGGCCGUGAACUUCCGUCUCUUGAGGAAGAGAGAGCUGUUCACGAAGCUGAGUUGGCUCGAAAAGCUGAACUGGAGCAGUCUGAGCAGAACCGCAAGUUACAGGAAGCCGACGCAGAAGAGGCACGAAUGAUGGAAAACAUGAUUCAGGAGGAAAUGAAACGCCAGAGAGCAAAGGAGAGGGAGUCGAAGAAGAGGGGCAAGCCGCCCUCGCUAGCCAUGGCUUACUCUGAAGAUUCGAGCGAAUUCGAAUCGGGCAAUGUCAAUUUUGAUGAGCCGUGCAGAAUCACUGAUUCAACAGGAAACGAUGCAUACUUCACUACCGUAACUGGGAGAUCCGAGUACCGCCAAGGUAUGAUCGCAUCGACUUUCGCAGUCCGUGCAGUCCUGCUCGAUCGUCGAAACGUCCCGCCAUUGGCCUUGAAGGAGGUUGAGUUGAAACAAAACUCUAGAGAUGCUUCCCAAUUCAAGAAGCACCUCUUAAGCCUAGAGAACAAGCUCAAGACUGUCAAGCAACUCACUCAUCGGAAUAUUCUAGACGUGAUUGACUUUCGAAUUGAUCGCAAGACUCAAGAGAAUGAGGCUUCGCAAACACGCAUCGUGCGAAUUUUGACACCGCUGGCCGAUAAGGGCUCGCUCGACGAACUUCUUGAGCUCACGGAGAAAGUGGCAAUUGGCAAGGUGAGAUCGUGGACUACAGAUCUUUUAUCUGGCCUAGGUUGGUUGCACACCCAAGGGUUGGUGCACGAAGACAUCCACCCUGGAAAUGUUCUGCUGUUCAGAGAAAGCUCAGGGCAUGUGGUUCCCAAGCUCGCUGAUGCUUCGUAUCAACGAGAACUGCACACAAUUUGCCGCAAGUCCCGCGCAGUUUCUUUGCUUACUUCUGCGAGAUCCACAUACUGGCUACCCCCUGAGCUCGAUAGCGCUUCUGGCGCCCUCAACCAGAAGACAGAUAUUUGGGAUUUCGGUGUUGUCUUCUUGCAGAUGGUUUUCGGUUUGGAUGUCUUCGAGAAGUAUGAAAAGCCUUCGAGUCUCAUGUCCAGGUUGUCUCCCUCGCUCCACGAGCUCGUGUCCAAGUUCUUUAAGCAAGAUCCAGGGCGACGUCCUCGAGCGUCGGAUCUGCGGUCAAGUGAAUUCUUGGCUACCGACGCCCCCGUAUAUGCUGAAGACUUUCACACGAGCUUGACCCCAUCUCAUUCUUCCACCUCCCUGCCCAAGAUGGAUGGAUUCAGGCGCCGGCUUGAUUCUACCGCCCUGGCCCCCUCGUUCUCGCGCUUCAAGAAUGAGUUCACUGAGGAGGGCCGCCUUGGCAAAGGUGGCUUUGGUGAAGUCAUCAAGGUCCGCAAGAAGAUUGAUGGCCAGACUUAUGCUAUCAAGAAAGUGGUCACUAAGGCAACCAAAAGCUUGACAUCAUUGUUGAAAGAAGUUUCAACACUGUCGGCUCUGAGUCAUCCUUCAAUCGUGCGGUAUUACGAUGCCUGGACUGAGCAGCUACCCGACUCUCCAGACACGGACGGGGAUGCGACAGCCGACGAGACUAGUACUCAGCGCUCCAUGAUUACCGGGUCGAACGAAAUCGACAUUCAAUUUGCCACUAGUACAGGAGGCUUGGACUUUAUGUCCUCGGCAAAUGUUGGGGACGACUACUACCAUGAUGACGAUGACGACGACGAGUCGGAAGACUAUGACGGACUAGAAGUUGUUGUAGAGGACGAGGAAGAUGAGGUUGGCGAUGACGGCAUCUUGUUCGCGGCAAGCACUGCUGAUGACGACUCAUCGUCAAGAAACCACCUGCCUGUGACACCCAAGCGCAUACGGAGCCACACUCAAUCCGGUUGGAAAGUGCUGUAUAUUCUUAUGGAAUACUGUGAGAAAAAGACCUUGCGUGAUCUGAUUUCCCAGAAUUUGUUCGAGAAUCAAGAAGAAGUGUGGCGUCUGUUCCGUGAGGUCUUGGACGGACUGAACUAUAUGCACACAUUUCACAACAUUGUGCAUCGCGAUUUGAAACCCGAGAACAUAUUCAUUAGUAGCGGCACAGACGGUGUCGCUCAUGUCAAGAUCGGAGACUUUGGUCUGGCUACAGGAGGCCAAGUCGUGGCCGAAAAUCGUGCAUCGGGGCUCGGUGAUUCGAAUGGAAUGAGUAACGUGGGGACCGCCCUAUAUUCUGCCCCGGAGCUUGAGCGUGGCAGCGGAUCUGAUGAGGCACCCCCCAAAAUCGACGACUCCAGGAAACUAGACAUGUAUGCGCUUGGGAUCAUCUUUUUUGAGAUGCUUUACAAGCCAAUGGGUGGCCAUGAGCGAAUCACUGUGUUGAACGACCUCAGGGCCAAACAUCCUACUCUACCGAGCGACUUCAAGCCUUACGACAAGGUACAGACUGAAAUCAUUCUGUCACUUGUGACGCAUAAUGCAAACCAACGCCCAGGGAGUUCCGAGCUCUUGCGAAGUGGCAAGGUGCCGAUGCCCAUGGAAAGUGAGACUCUGCAAAGAGCACUCGCUGAAAUAUCCGACCCCCUAUCUACACACCAUCAGAAGCUAGUCACGGCAAUGUUUGGCAAGCCAACCGACAAGACGAAGGAUUAUACGUGGGACAUGUCGGUACCUAAUGUGUCAUCGACAGAGCUACUAUACCAGGGCAUUGUCAAAGAUCAACUCAAGUCGAUUUUCCGUCGCCAUGGCGCUGUUGAAGCUAGUACAAGCCCUCUCUAUCCACGGUCGUCACAUUAUUCACAGAAUGUCGUCGAGCUCCUUGACAGAGGGGGUACAGUUUUACAACUGCCUUACGAUUUGAUGUUGGGGAAUGCAAGGACGCUUGCGAAACAUACUGGCACUACGUUUGUGCCCAAGUCUUUCACCUUUGAGAACAUAUAUCGUGAUAGACACAAUGGGGGUCAGCCCUCUAAGUUUGGCGAAGUCGCCUUCGAUAUUGUCUCGACGGAUACGCUGGAUCUCGCUCUCAAGGAAGCAGAGUUGCUGAAAGUCCUAGACGAGAUCAUUGACAGCUUCCCCUCUCUCAAUCAGAUGUGUUUCCAUCUUGGUCACUCGGAUCUGCUGCAGUUGAUCUUUGACUUUUGCGACGUUGACCACAGCGCGAGAACAAUUGCAGCAGAGGUGUUGAAUAAGCUCAACAUCCACAACUGGACUUGGCAAAAGAUCCGUGCCGAACUUCGCGUCUCUGGCCUGUCCGUGACGAGCAUUGAUGAAUUGCAGCGAUUUGAUUUUCGAGACACACCAACAAAAGCCUUCUCCAGGCUAAAGACUAUUCUUGAAGGGAGCAAAAUGCUUGAAAGAGCGCAGCCAAUCAUUACUCAUCUCAGAGAAGUCGUUGGUUUUGCAAAGCGCUUCGGAGUUCACAGCAAGAUCUACAUCAAUCCCCUCAGCAGCUUUAGGGAACGCUUUUUUGUUGGAGGCAUGCUGUUCCAAUGUGUCUAUGAUAAGAAGUACAAGGAUGUAUUUGCAGUAGGCGGCAGAUAUGACAGUUUGAUCAAUGAGCAUCGACCUCGAAUGGGUCAUCAGUCUCACCAGCGCCACGCAGUGGGCUUCAGUCUGGCCUGGGAGAAGCUUGCAAUGAUACCCAAGGCUGCUGGUAAGGCAUUCCUCAAAAAGGCUGAUGUUGAGCCGCAGGGCAUGUUCAGUACGAAAAGAUGCGAUGUUCUUGUCGCAAGCUUUGACACUGGUAUUCUGCGUUCAGACGGAAUCGAGCUGCUUCAGACUCUAUGGGCUCACGACAUAAGCGCUGAGUUAGCGCGAGAUGCCCGAUCGCCAGAAGACCUGCUUACAAAACACCGAGACGAGAGCUACUCGUGGAUCAUUAUCGUCAAGCAAGAAGCAGUCCUCAAGAUCAAGACAAUGGGACGCAAAGACGUUUCUGACGCUGAAGUACCAACGACGCAGGUCAUCAACUGGCUGAGGGCAGAACUUCGAGAGCGCGAUCGAUAUUUGGCACACCGUGCAGUCGUCGACCCUGGCGGUGGAUCUAGUGCCCUAGAAAAGGGAGGAGGUUUCACAAAUGCAGAGCAAAAAGUUCACGUGUUGGUCGCAGGCACCAGAUCGAAGAAGUUCAAUCGCCGAACCGUUGUGGAGCAAGCUCAAGCUAAUGCCGCAGCCUUGGUGCAAAACUUUCUUGACGGGCCUGUCGCUGCGGUUGAAACCUCUGACGCAGUGCUAGAGCUUAUUCAGGAAACGACCUUGUCGGAUGGAGAAAGCUGGCGCUCAGCGGAGCAGUCGGUCAACAUGGCUGAACGCAAGUAUAUGCGCGAGAUCCACGAUAUGUUGCUGACAUGGCGCAAUGUGUGGCAGUCAAAGAACGGGAGCAGGCACGCGUUUGUAUACAACUUCAGAACGACGAGGUGUAUCUACUACGACCUGGGCGCGUGA